AUGGAGGAUGAAACCCAGAACUUGUGCAAUCCCAUUGCUCUCCUCUUGUCUUCACUAGGGUAUUCUUAUGUCCUGGCCACAUACAUGACAAAAGGCCUGACAAGGGUCUUAUUUCUCCUCCCCACAUUUUACCUACUGACCAUCUUUCCUUGGUAUUUCACAUCAAGUCUUCUCAGAGGAGUCUUAUCUUUCUUCAUCACAUGGAUCACAUCUUUCAAGCUUCUCCUUUUUUGUUUCAACCAAGGACCUCUCGCUGCCUGCAAAAACUACAUCGACUUUGUUGCAAUUGCCAUUUUUCCUCUCAAGAUCCAGGAAAAUACUCACCUACAUUUAACUCUUUCUUUAAGUUUUAAAACUCUAUCAUCAAUCAUGGCAAGGUAUGAGUUAGUGACACUAUUCAACAAGCCGUAUCUAGCGACAUCUUUACAAGAUUUUUGGGGUAGAAGGUGGAACCGGUUGUCUUCAAACAUUUUGAGGCAAACAAUAUAUGAACCUACCCAAAAUGUUUUGGUGGGUUUCGUCGGAGUUGGCAAAGCAAGGAUACUGGCCAUGAUUACUACCCUUGUGAUUUCAGGCAUAAUGCAUGAGCUUAUGUUCUACUACAUCUCUUGUGGGACGAGACCCACAUGGGAGGUCACUUGGUUCUUUGUCUUGCAAGGAAUUUCCAUGGUUUUCGAGGGAGCAUUGAAGUAUUUGGCUAGGGUUAAGGGGUGGACACCCGUUCACCCGACAGUUUCAAAUGUUUUGACACUUGCGUUUGUGUCAUUCACAUUUUCUUGCUUUCUUGUACUGCCUGUAUAGAGGAGUGGACGAAAUGAAUGUGGCUUCAGGCCAAAGAUUUUACCUUUCAGAUAAUAGAUCACUUGAAACCCUAUCAAUUGUUCCAAGAGCUACAUGCAGGUUUUCCUACUCUCAUAUUUUACUGUU